GUCAGUCUGGCGGCGGCGCGCGUCGAUUGGGCCGGCGGCCGCCGGGGAGCGGGGGCAGCACGUUGGGAUGCGCGCUACUUAAGGUCCAGCUGCGUGAGCCAUUGACGUGUUUGGAGCUGGAGACGGCCUGGGCGCUGGCGAAGCGGCGGCCCGAGGAAGAAACCUGUUAGGAUGCCUAUGGGAGCACGGCGGCUGAGAGAUCCAGACAUAAACCCUUGCUUGUCGCUCCCACUCCACCCCCUAAAUGAUGCCUAUCUCGCAUAUUUAAGGAAUCUGAUGCUUCUACCAGAUGUAUGGAUGAAAAUAACUAUGACAGGGAAAAGUGUUCCACUUACUUCCUGAAGUACAAAAACUGCCGGAAAUUCUGGAAUUCUGUCAUGAUCCAGAGAAGACAGAACGGAGUGCAGCCGUCUAUGCCUACAGCAGCAGAAAGAGACGAGAUCUUGGGGGCCAUGGGAAAGAUGCCCUACUGACUGUUUCCAUUAAAAUUGUUUAUUUAACUUAGAAGCAGAUGAAUAUUUUUAAUAAACGGUGACUGUGACCUUUGAA